ACCAUCAGAUAUUGUAAGAACUAACUCACUAGGAUCAGAAUUGCCCCCAUAAUUCAAUUAUCUCUAUCUGAUUCCUGCAUUCUCCUGUUCAUUGCCAUUAUCCAAACUUAACUCUGCUCCAACCAUACUAAGCUUCUUACUGCAACAAGCUGCCACAGGGGUGAUUAUCCUUGCCAUUCUCUCUCCUUAUAAAGCUCUUUUCCUAGAUAUUUUCAUGGUACUCCCUCUCACUCCAUUCAGGACACUUCUCCAGUGACAUCUCAUUAAAUAGACCUUUCCUGAUUAUACUGUCUAAAGCAGGAGAUUUCUUCCCUCAUCACUCCUAUUCCUCCUCUUUUUCUCACUUACACUCCAAAACUCUGUUUAUUUAUUUGAAAAGCGGCAAUAAUAUUGGUGUCUUCAUCAAAAAGUUAUUAAAAUAAACACAUGGGAUACAUGUAAAUUACCUUACGAAUAAUAAGUCUAUAAUAUUAUAAUUUUUAAAGCAAAGUAAAUAGUACCCCAUAAGCUGCUUAAAAUAUUUUCAUUUGAUGGUGCUAUUGGUUUUAAUAGGGCCAGCAAAUUAAAAAAACCUUUUUAGGGCAGGCAGGCAAUUUAAAUUUGUUAGAACCAGUCAGGUAUAAAGCAAGAGGGGACAAAGGAGGACUGGAGAGUGGAUGCCCAAUGAUAUAAAAGCAUUCACAUUCAAAAAUUAAAAAAUAUAAAGGUAUUGCAUUGGCCCUACAAAACAAAUUUGCAGAUUGAAUUCUGCUUAUAGGACACAAAUUUAUGAUCCUUAGCAAUGUGAAGUUAGAGAAGGGGCUUUAUUGUGAAAUUGACAUGGGUUGUUUUAUGUCUUAUAAAUGAAGUCUCCUCAUUUUCCUGUGGUGAGAAGAGAGGGGGCAAGUAGAAAAACAGAGGAACAAAUUUGGAGGCUAAAAUAACAUUCUAUAUAAGGAAGUAUACUAGUGCAGAAUUAAUUGAUAGCCGGGAUUAAGAGAUGUAAAUUAAUUUGAGAUACAUAUUCUAGAGGUAGAAUACACAAUACUUUUUGUAUGUCCAUAUACAGAAAUUGGUUGCAUUUUCCUUAAAUAAAAAGAUUUUUUUAAAAGUCAGUGAACUGUUAUGUUUUCUUCCCUCUGACUUCAAUUCCUUGAUUUUUUCAAUACUAUUUUUUAUAUAAAUUUACUGUCUAAAAGCUGGAUCAGCUUAUGCUCCUUUGUUGAGAGAAGUUGGCAUGCUGUCAAGUGGGCUGGGCAUACUGAGUUUCAGUUUCCUUUCUCUGAGUCUUUGAAACUUCAAGGCUGCAGAAUAAUUUCCUUUGCCCGUUUUGUGCCUGCCCAGCUAUCCAGACAGAGCAGCUACCCUCAGCUCUAGCUGAUACUACAGACACUACAACAGAUCAAGAAGUAUGGCAGUGACAACUCGUUUGGCAUGGUUGCAUGAAAAGAUCCUGCAAAAUCAUUUUGGAGGAAAGCGGCUUAGCCUUCUCUAUAAGGGUAGUGUCCAUGGAUUCUGUAGUGGAGAUUUACUUGACAGAUGUUGUAAUCAAGGGCCUAUUCUAACAGUGAUUUAUGGUGAACAUCGUAUUAUUGGAGCAUAUGCAGAAGAGAGUUACCAGGAAAGAAAGGCUGCCUCCAUCAUCCUUUUUGCACUACAAGAGACUAAAAUUUCAGAAUGGAAACUAGGACUAUGUACACCAGAAAGACUGUUUUGUAAUGACAAUGUAAAAUAUAACUCCACAACUAAUUUCCAGAUAGAGUUAAGAAAUAGAAAAGUGAUUAUGGGCUCAAAGACAACGGAAGAUCUUGGACUUGUUCAAAAUUGUACUAUUUCUAUUCAGGAUUGUGAAGUUUUUCGAUGUGAAGAUUUACUGGAUGAAAGAAAGAUAAAAGGGGUGACUGAGCUCAGGAAGAGCUUAUUGUCUGCCUUGAGAACUUAUGAACCAUAUGGAUCCCUGGUUCCACAAAUACGAAUUCUGCUGCUGGGUCCAGUUGGAGCUGGGAAGUCCAGCUUUUUCAACUCAGUGAGGUCUGUUUUCCAAGGGCAUGUAACGCAUCAGGCUUUGAUGGGCACUAAUAGAACUGGGAUAUCUGAGAAGUAUAGGACAUACUUUAUUAGAGAUGGGAAAGGCGGCCAAUAUCUGCCAUUUAUUCUGUGUGACUCACUGGGGCUGGGUGAGAAAGAAGGUGGCCUGUGCAGGGAUGACAUAUUCUACAUCUUAAAUGGUAACAUUCGUGAUAGAUACCAGUUUAAUCCCAUGGAAUCAAUCAAAUUAAGUCAUCGUGACUACAUUGAUUCCCCAUCGCUGAAGGACAGAAUUCAUUGUGUGGCAUUUGUAUUUGAUGUCAGCUCUAUGGAACACUUCUCUUCUCAAAUGAUAGUAAAGAUCAGAAGACUUCGAAGGGAGUUGAUAAACGCUGGUGUGGUACACGUGGCUUUGCUCACUCAUGUGGAUAGCAUGGAUCUGAUUACAAAAGGUGACCUUAUAGAAAUAGACAGAUGUGUGCCUCUGAGGUCCAAGCUAGAGGAAGUCCAAAGAAAACUUGGAUUUGCUCUUUCUGACAUCUCGGUGGUUAGCAAUUAUUCCUCUGAGUGGGAGCUGGACCCUGUAAAGGAUGUUCUAAUUCUUUCUGCUCUGAGACGAAUGCUAUGGGCUGCAGAUGACUUCUUAGAGGAUUUGCCUCUUGAGAAACAGGUAGAUGUGUUUGGUGGUGUGGAAGCUUGAAAAGAGUCAGGUAGUUGGCUACUUUCUGCCUGGAUCUAUCAGCUACCUGGCAGCUCUCAGUCUUUUAGUGGGUUGUUGCCCUGUGAUUAGUCCUGCUCUUUAACCCACUGUCUCGAUGCAUUUUUCCCUCCUCACAUUUCCCUCUUUUCCUGGAGUGCAUCCUAAGAGAAUCUGUACUACAAUUUUUCCCCUCUUGUCUUGAGAUGAAAGCUUUAAAAUAAUCCACUUCUGUCAUUUCCACUCUCUGAACAUCCCAAGCUGUAUCCCUGGCCUCUUUUCUCAGACUAUGUUUCUUUACUCAGGACCUAGAACUGGAAUGGAUCAGCAUUGCUCCUUAUCAGAUGCGACCUUUGAUUAUUUGCUCCUUCCUUGGGACCUUACGCUCCUGUCUUUUUUUGAUUUGCCUUUUUGUUUCUCUCCUUCAUCUUAGUCCUUCUUCAUGCAGUAUGGCCUUUGCUAGGUAGAUGUAUGUCCUUUUAUGGAAUGGCCACAGAAUUUAGUAUUACAUCAACUUUCUUUUAACAAUCUGUGCAUAGUACAUGUUGCACUGUUCCAUUUAGAGAUUUGACAGAGAUUUCAGUUUAGUAUACUCAAAUCUUAUUUUAGUGCUUGGGAAAUGAAUUCAGAAUAUCAUAUCCUCUCCAAUUCUCUCUUUCUCAAAUUGCUGGGAAACUCUCAUGUCACUAACUUCAUUGCUCUAACUCUACCAUCUUGGUUUCACCAUCCCUUCUCUUCCUCAAGGUACAUGUGCUGCUAAUAUUGCGUUCGUUGAGAUCUCCAGUGUCCCAAUAUUCCUCUUCCCUCUGGUUGCCUUUCCUCAGAUAAUCCACUAAGAAUAUUUUGUGUUUCUUUUCUCAGGGAAUCAAAGAAAGGUAAUUAUCAAGUGUGCACAGGGAAGAAAAUUGAUAUGUGAAAGGUUCACAUAAAUUUCUUCAUAUCACAGAAGAUUAAAAUUCCGAAAGGAGAAAACAGACCAAAGAGAAGUAACUAAGACCGAAGGGAUGUGUUUUAUUAAUGUCUAGGAUGAAGAAAUGCAUAGAACAUUGUAGUACUUGUGAAUAACUAGAGAUAGCAUGAUUUAAAGUCAUAAUUGUGAAAAAUAAUAAUAAUUUUUCUUGGAUUUAUGUUCUGUAUCUGUGAAAAAAUAAAUUUCUUAUAAAACUUGGGUCUAA